ACACUCCCUCGUCACUCUAUUUUACCCGUUUUUAUAUAAAACCCUAACUCCUCCCAUCUCUAAUUCUCAAUCCCCAAACUAUGUUUCGUCUCUCUCAUUAUCUCUCUCGCUUAUCUUCAACAGAAAUAUAAUCACUCAUCAACCUUCUCAAAAUCUGUUAAUUGCGAGAUUGAAAAGGUUCGAGGAGUAGAGAUUUGGUUUUAAAGGCCCUGGUGAUUUGGGGAAUAUGGCUGCCGAGCUCGACGAUGAUGGUGAGCAGACCAUGUCAAUCAACGAGUAUCUUGAGAGCAUCGAAGAAGAAGAGCUGGAAGCGGAUUUGGUUUUGGGUGGAGAUGAGGGCGAUGAAUGUACAUAUCCUAAAGGUUACAUGAAAAGACAGGCAAUUUUCUCCUGCCUCACAUGCACCCCUGAUGGGAAUGCUGGAAUUUGCACUGCAUGUUGCUUGUCUUGCCAUGAUGGCCAUGAGGUAUUUUCCUUUGCAUUUUCCUUUACGGUGUGGGAGAUCUCCUCGCUUAAUUUCAUCUCUUAAGGUAUGACUGAAAUUAUGAUCUAUUCAAGUGGAAGUUUGUUUUGUGUUUUUGCUUUCUGCAGACUC